AUGGCAGACAACAACGAGAAUAUCAGCCCGGAAAAGGAAGAUCCAAAACAAGCAAGUUUGGAGUUUGAGUUUGCCACAACUACGACCCUCCAUGCCAUAGGUCAUGUAGCCGAGAGCCGUGGGAUAUGGGGUAAAGCCCCUUGGGUGAUCGUGUUGCUGGUGGCGAGUGGGUUUUACGCGGCCGUUACGUUCGAUCGCAUCAGUGCGUACUUGAGAUACGAAGCAAGCACCAAUGUCAUGGUUGAUUUCAUGCCGAAACUCGACUUUCCCGCCGUUACGGUUUGUAACUACAACCGGUUCAUGAGUUCUGAAAUUCAGGAAAAGGACAAAAAGCACGUAAAACAACUCAUACAAGUUUAUGAACGAACUUACGCAGAGUUUGACUUUGGAGACUACUUGUUCGGUAACUUGGACGAUUUUUAUUCAGAUGAUUCGUUUGACUUCGAAGACUUUGCCUUAAAAACUGGUUAUUCCUUGAAAAAGUCAAUGCACACGUGCAAAUGGAAAGGAGCGAAGUGUGGUGUGAAAAACUUCAAAAACUUCUACUCUCCGCACUACGGACUGUGUUACACAUUUACCUCCCGCGGCAACCAAACCCUACCGGGGAUCGGGAACGGGCUUCAGCUGGUUCUAGACAUCGAGGAGAACGAAUACACCGAGACUGAGCAAGGCAACACCGAAGCAGGAAUCAAAUUUGCAAUUCAUCCUCACAACGAAAUUCCUGCUAUGGACACUAUAGGACUGUCUGCUGCCCCGGGGUUCCAUACCUUUGUGUCCAUACGCCAGACACAUCAUAAGAACCUCCACAAACCGUGGGGAGUUUGCGGUAUCAACGAAGAUUACCAAGAACCUACAAAUUAUAGCAGAAACACAUGUCUGUCUGACUGCGAGCGUGAUGCCAUCAUCGACAAGUGCUCUUGUCAGCCUCUUGGGUACUUCAAAUUGGACAAAGUAUCUGUGUGCAAUAUCACCCAGCUAAAAUGCACCGAAAAGGCCUUGGUUGUUCAUCGUGGACGUGCGGCGGAAGGCACUUGUACCUGUCCCGUACCUUGUGACUACUUUAGCUACGAAUCCACGAUAUCUAUGGCUAGGUAUCCGAGCAAAAGUGUCCUUCAAAGUGCCAUGGACUCCUACGGAAGUCGAGAGAACGCAUCAUUGUACGAUGAAGAGUACGUCGCCAAAAGUCUUGUUUAUCUGGACGUGUACUACAACGAGUUGAGCACCACCACCUACGACCAAGUAGAGGACCUCCCCUUCACUGCGCUGCUGGGAGAGCUGGGCGGGCAGCUCGGGCUGUUUCUCGGCGCAAGUAUUAUCACCGCCGUGGAGUUUAUUGACUACUUGGUGAGACUGUUUUCCCUUGUUUUUUUAAGUGAAAACAGAAACCUUUGUUACAGAAAAAAACAUAUUUUGUUCAAUUGUAUUGGUUCUUACUUCAUGCUCCGCCAAAUUAGCUCAACAAAUUAUUUACAUAAGAUUUCUUAUUACAUCAAGAACAAAUUGUUAUAAAUCUGGGUUAUAU